AUGGAUUUUACGUCUGAUACGACGAAUUCGCACGACACAUCGAAUUCGCAUUUAAGUCUGGAAGACGCUGUGGGUACACAUCAUGCUGGUGAAGCAGAUGUAAACAUUGAUGGGGACGAGAAGCAACAACUAUCGCUAUUAGAUGAUGAUCAGGUACGCGCACUGAAGCUACAGGAGGAGAAGGAUGCGCUGUUGACAAGGAGAAAUACUCUUUUACAAGAGAUCCAGACGUACCAAAAUAUCUUGAUGAAGGAAAAUAACAGUAAGACUAAAAAUGGUGAUAUCCUCCAAAACGAUAUCACACAGGAUUUUCUUAAUCUAAUCUCGAUCUCAUCCUCUAAUCCUAAUUCGGCGAUAAGUGACCGCAAGCGGGUCGAGAGGAUCAAUGGGCUAACUAACUUGCAGAAGGAACUAGUAACAAAAUACGACACGUUACCUUUGUUAAAUAUGAAUCUACGGCUAAGUUAUUUGAGAGACCACACAUACCCGCAUCUUCAAGUUUCUGUGCAAUCAAGAGACAGAGUACAUAACGAUGGGAUUGAAGUUUUGGUGGUCAAUUAUAAAUUCUGCAGAAACACGAUGAAUCCUUUUGAAAUUCAGUUCAAAAUGUUCUAUAAAUUUGAAGAUUCCACACUGCUGAAGUGGGAAAUCUUGCGAAUUUCCACAAACGUUAGACUGAAGGCCAAGCAAUUACUGGCAACACGUAACUUCCAGAAGUGUCUAUUAAGCCUUUAUGAGUUUGAUAAGAUCAAGUCCAAAAAAACUGGAAUUUUCCAAAAUUUGAUUAAUUUAUUGAAAAGGAAAACCAGGUGUUAUCUAAUGAAUAAUAGUGACUCAUUAAUUGUGGAAAGAGUUAUUAGAGAAGGAAGACUCACGACGAUAAAAUUGCAGAUAAAUUUCAUCAUUACAAUGCCCGGUGAGAGAGGCAAACCUCGUAACUGUUUUCUGCCCAUGAGUAAAAUUUCAAUAGCGCUAUGGAAGGGGGGAGAAAGAUUUAACCAGAUAGAUUUGGACGAGAUAUGCUACGGACUUAUCAAGGAAUAUGGUGUGAAAACCGGGUUAAAGGAGAUCUGCAACGUUUGCCUAUUCCCGGACAUGUACGCCAGGUGA